UGUGGAGAUUCAAGACACGCUAGGUCUAACUGGGACUCGCGGGAGAGAACGGUGUGGAGCCCCGGCUCCUCAACGGCGGAAGGAGUCAAGCACUCAAAGGAGACUGGAGUUCAGAACGGCAGGAGCAAGACACUCACACACUCAAGUUGCGCCAGCCCUUUCUUGCCUUUCUCGACAUCAAACACGUACGGCAGGAACAGGCAAGGAUAUAUCCGUACAAUAAAUUGGACAUGCUUUCCUCGCGCCCUCUCUUUCCCUUUGCAGUCCUUCGUCUCUAGAUGUGUCUCUACCUCGCUGCCUCUCUGGUCCCCGUCCCCGUCCCCGUCCCCCUCCCCCUCCCCGCCGUGCCCGCCUUGGAUGUCUCCUUCCUACGCAACGGGUUUCGCUUUCCCGGACUGCCAUGUUUCCCUUGUUUCCGUCUUCCUUCCGGAAACGACCACUUGGACCGACCAGUCAGAGUCAUGGCCGGAACCAGAGACGGAGCGGAAGGCCAUAAUCAGAUUGCAACCUGCCGAUCCGAUAGAGCUGUGAUACGCACCUACCUUACGGAUACUUUUGUACCUAAACUCACAAAAGUUACAAGUUACAUGCAUCUGAGUAAGGCACAGAUACCUUAA